AUGCAGCAAUUGCUCGCUGUCUACGACGAUGACGUGCCUAAGCUGAGAGAGCACGUCGCCGCUGGGGAACCGUACAUCAACUAUUGUGAUGCCCAAUUCGGCUCUGCGCUCCAGCUGGCCGUAAACUGCGACGAUAUGACGGCUCUGAGCACCACUGCUACCUUUCCUCCCGACAACCUGGAUACUCCUUAUGAAGGGCCCCGCGGCCUUGACUACACCCACCAACAGCAAAUUAUACACUUGCUUAUCGACGCUGGCGCCGACCCCAACGGGCGCGGACUCAACAAGAAAGCCACAGCGCUGCAUCAUCUCGGUGGCCCCGUCUACGUCAACAACGGCCCAGAGUGCCACCUCCACGAGAAGGGCAUUCGAGUUUUGCUGGAUCACGGUGCCAGCGUGCUCGAGAGAGACACGGAAAAUAACACCUCGCUGCACUACGCUGCCUCUGGCUCAAACAUGCGAAUCUUCAGCCUUCUGGCUAGUAAGCUGCCUCCAGACACAGACGUUUCCGUCAUCAACUUGGAAAAUAGCAGCGGAGAAACGCUUCUUCAUUGCGCGGCCGCAGACUCCGCUCCUGUGCGCUGUCGCGCCGUCAAGAGCUAUCUAUCAACCCCACGCAUCUAUGUAGAUACGGAGGAAGACAUCGUGCUCGCCAAGCUGGCUGCGGAUCUCGUCACCAGCGACGUCGCCAUGCUGCCAGUGUCAGCGCUCUAUGACCGCCACAGUCUCAGGGGUGGACACGCUUGA